GUUUUUUUUUUUUUUUUUGUAAUGAAGUCUCACUGUGUGGCCCAGGCUGGAGUGCAGUGGUGUGAUCUUGGCUCACUGCAACCUCCACCUCCUGGGUUCCAGCAAUUCUCCUGCCUCAGCCCGCCGAGUAGCUGGGAUUACAGGAGCCCGCCACUGUGCCAGCUAAUUUUUGUAUUUUUAGUAGAGAUGGGUUUCCACCAUGUUGGUCCCACCAUGUUGGCCAGGAUAGUCUUGAUCUCCUGACCUCCUGAUCCAACCGCCUUGGCCUCCCAAAGUGCAGGGAUUACAGGCAUGAGCCAAUGCACCCGCCCAGCCUUUUUCUUAAUUGGGGUUUGGGGGUGCUUGGACUUGUCUCUGUGUUACUCUUCCACUUCUUAGAGUCCCUCUCCUCCUCUAAACAAUGCUCUACACAGAUUGCUUGGUGAGUUGUGGAUUUAGUUAUCCGUUGUAACUCCACACCAUACAGGAUUAGAUUCUGCAUCUGAUUUUUACCUACAGCAGACCCAAGAGAUAAGAGAGGCUUUGAGGGCUAUCAGAGAACUCCCUGUACUCUGAACAUACCUUGGGCUGAGAAGGUAAAGCCCUGGGACUGUUCUUUUCUUGCCUUAAACUCUUUGGUGUGAUGAACAAGCUCACCCCACAGUCCUUAGAUAACCUGUGCUUGCAUUGCCUAUGGAAGCCACAGCUCCGCCAGAGCUAGAAUUUAAUAGUACUUAGUUCUGACAGGUAAUUAUCUUGCCAUCACAUACUAUGAGCUGUUAGAACUCCAUUCUCUAACAGUUACUAGGUCCCCACUGCCUUUAAAUAAACCAGAACAAGUAACCAAUCCCAGUUCCCGUCCUGGAGGACAUACUGCCUGCAGUUGUUUCUGGUAACAAAUCCGAGGUUAACUGGGAUUCAGUUGCCGACGACUAGAGCCUCUUCAGUUGUUUGAAGGAGAAAAGAAUCUAAUACAGGAAACUGUGCGAUUCCCAAGCCAUUGGAAGGCUGGAGGCAGUGCCUCCAGCACGGACUCUUGGAAGAAUACUGCAGAGCUGGCUCCUGAAGGAAGCUGCCAUGUGAGGCUGGCCCUAGAAGCAUGGUUUCGGGUUGAAUGCUUUAGGUUCACCUCUGCAAAUCCCCUCCCCGCCAUUUUCUCUCCUGAUGUCUGUGGACUGCAGCAGGGCACUUCUUACCUCUGGCUUCUGUCUGGAUGUGGCUGGGGGAGGCCCUGGCAGGAGGGAAAAGACAGAGAGGUCUGGGCACGUAUUCCUCCAGCAGUGCCCUUCUGCAGGGUCACCAUGAGCUGGCUGUGUCCCUCUACCAAAGGCCAUAGCUCCUAUCCUGAGCCCCUCUUAGAGCUUUGGUGAUUCUGUUCCUGGGCUCCAGCAUCCACUCCCUCCUUUGCCCUGUAGGUUUGAAGAAGAGCUCUCCCAUGUUGCUAGCCAGGGUGCAGCACCAUCUCUCCUGGGUUCCUUUAACCCUGCCCCAGCUGUCCCUUUAUCAAACAGCCUUUAGUCAGCACAUGGGAACAUGCUGUCCCUUUGCUGCUAGGACUGUGACUGCUACACCUACGUGGCUGUGAUCCGGGGUGAGAAGCCACCACCAGAACCACCAGGUCCAGAGCUGGGCUGAGACUGCUACACACACUCCAGCAAAAGAUGGUCGCUUCUCUCCCUGCCUGUCACGAGCCCCAGUCAGGCACAGGUAUAUCAGAAUGGCAGAGACGGAAUCGUGCAUCUCAGCUUCUUCCUCUGUGAUAUGGAGGUUAUGAUUGUACCUACCUCAUGGGGGUUUCCAGUAAAAUGAAGGCCCUUAAAAUGAUAUUUGUUUCAUCACCAAUGACUCCGUAAAUAUGAGCAACAAUACCAGUACGACAUUUUGUCAUUUUUAUAGUAACUUUUUACAAACACCCUACUUUCCUGCUCUCACGCACCCCUGCCUCCUGCUUCCCACCUGAUCUGGCCACUUUCUGUCUAACCAGUCAGAAGGGGUGCAUAGCUUCCCCAUUACCUGUUGCUAUGGAAACUCACCAUUUCAGCCCAGAUGAUGAAGAUUCCAGCUCAAGAGACCAGCUGGGGUCUGAAGUGUUUCUCUGACUAUCUACUGUGCUGAAAUCUCUCCUCAAACUCUGCCAUGCCUUUGCAUACACUGUCCCCUCCACCUGCCAUGUUCUCACCCCUUCUUCUUCCACUGCAAACUCCUAUGCAGCCGUCAAGGCCCCAUUCUCCUCUGGAAAGCCUUCCUGAUCCCCUUGGCAACAACAACCAUCAAUAUUUAUUCACCCAGCCCACGUUGUGCCAGGCAUCGUUCUAGACGCAGGUAUAUAACCGUGAUCGGAAGAGGCAAAUCAGAGUUUUUGCUCCUGAGGAGCACAGGUCUGGUGGUGAGGCAGGCGUCACACACCAGAUGGCUGACCGGCUGAGCCAACAAUGCCAUGGGUUUAAGUGCCAUGAAGGAAACCUCCAGGGGCUGUGGUAAAAAAUCAUAGAGAGGGCCAGCACUUUGGGAGGCUGAGGUGGGUGGAUCACCUGAGGUCAGGAGUUCAAGACCAGCCUGACCAACAUGGAGAAACCCCCAUCUCUACUAAAAAUACAAAAUUAGCCAGGUGUGGUGGCACACACAUGUAAUCCCAGCUCCUCGGGAGGCUGAGGCAGGAGAAUCGCUUGAACGCAGGAGGUGGAGGUUGUAGUAAGUUGAGAUUGUGCCAUUGUACUCCAGCCUGGGCAACAAGAGCAAAACUCUGUCUCAAAAAAAAAAAAAAAAAAGAAUUUCAGGGAGGACCUACUUCAGGUAAGGCAAUUAGGGAAGUUGAAACUGGGCAGGGCCCCUAGGUGGAGGGAACAGGAUAUGUGAAGAGGCUGAGGCAGGAAGGCAGGUGGUCCCUGUGGCGGGGAGAGAGGUUAGGGGAUGAGGAUGCAGGUACAGUUGGCAGGUGACCCAUGCUGGGGCUCAUGGGCGGGGCUGCACAGUCUGGGUGUUAUUUUAAGAGCUAUUGGGUGCCGUUGGUGCAUUGGUGGUUUGAGUGAGUGGGGAUAGGAAGUGACUCCUCUGACUGUGGGAACCCCAGCUCGGGCGGGCAGGGGGUGCCAGUAACGCUGCAGCUCAGAGUCCAGAGAGGAAGCUCCUGCCGGCUGAUCGGGCCCUGGAGGAAGUGCGCGGCCGAGCUCCUACCUCUGGCCUGGCCCCCGAAGCCCCCGGAAGAACCCGGAACCUGCUUUCAUUCGGAACCCAGGGACCACCCCUUGUGCCCAGUAGGCCUUGGUUUUCCAGUGUGGAGAAAGCAGCCGGGCUUGGAGGCAGGCGAUGGAGCUGGAGUCCUUGUAUGACCUGCUGCAGCUUCCCAAGGGGGUGGAGCCCCCAGCAGAGAAGCUCCCACAAGGAGGAAAGAAGAAAUACCUGCCGCCCACUUCCCGGAAGGACCCCAGAUUUGAAGCACUGCAAAAGGUGCUGAUAGAGUGGAUCAAUGCCACUCUUCUCCCAGAACACAUCGUGGUCCGCAGCCUGGAGGAGGACAUGUUCGACGGGCUCAUCCUGCACCACUUGUUCCAGAAGCUGGCAGCGCUCAAGCUGGAAGCAGAGGACAUCGCCCUGACAGCCGCGAGCCAGAGGCACAAGCUCACAGUGGUGCUGGAGGCCGUGAACCGGAGUCUGCAGCUGGAGGAGCGGCAGGCCAAGUGGAGUGUGGAGACCAUCUUCAACAAGGACCUGCUGUCCACCCUGCACCUCCUUGUGGCCCUGGCCAAGCGCUUCCAGCCCGACCUGUCCCUCCCAACCAACGUCCAGGUGGAGGUCAUCACCAUUGAGAGCACCAAGAGUGGUCUGAAGUCAGAGAAGUCGAUGGAGCAGCUCACUGAAUGCAGCACAGACAAGGACCAGCCUCCGAAGGACAUCUUUGAUGAAUUAUUUAAGCUGGCUCCGGAGAAAGUGAAUGCAGUGAAAGAGGCCAUCGUGAACUUUGUCAACCAGAAGCUGGACCGCCUGGGCCUGUCUGUGCAGAAUCUGGACACCCAGUUUGCAGAUGGGGUCAUCUUACUCUUGUUGAUUGGACAACUUGAAGGCUUCUUCCUGCACUUAAAGGAAUUCUACCUCACACCCAACUCUCCUGCAGAAAUGCUGCACAAUGUCACCCUGGCGCUGGAGCUGCUGAAGGAGGAGGAUCUGCUUAGCUGCCCCGUCAGCCCUGAAGACAUCGUGAACAAGGACGCCAAGAGCACACUGCGGGUGCUAUACGGCCUGUUCUGCAAGCACAGGCAGAAGGCACACAGGGACGCGACGCCCCAGGGAGCCCCGAAUUGACCCUCGUCGUCCCCAGAGCCACAGCCUGCCUCCCAGCCCAGCUGGAGGGCCCAAGGCCGCGGGGGUCCUUCCAUAGUCCCACUGUUCUCUGUGUGUUCGUGCCCCGCUUCCCUCCCACCCCAUCUCCUGUCUCCAUCGUCGGAUUAUCUUUGAACCCCCUUGUGUGGAUCAUUUUGAGCUGCCUGGCCUUGCUCAGUUUAUUUUAAUAAAAGUAUUGCUGG